AUGGCCGAGUCCUCCGCCUCCUCCGCCUCGCCGUCGACGCGCGGUGGCACUCCGUCGCACUCCGGAGUAGAUCCGACGCCCGACGCGUCGUCGCGCGUCGUCUCCCCGAAGCAAGGGCAAGGCCGCAACCUCGGCGGCGGCGCGGUGCGAUUCGCGCCCGCGCCGCCUCCCUCCGGCCGCCCAGACCUCUCCCUCGCGCUCGUGCAGGUCCUGUGCCGCCACGGCGACCGCACGUCCAUCAACCCGCUCCCGAACGAGACGCGAGAGCACUGGCGGAAGCACCUCCCCUCCGAACAGCUCGAGCGAUCGCUGUCCGCCGCGGCGUCGCCGUCGCCGCCGAACCCGACGCUCGUGGACCAGCUCUUCAACCGCGCGGCGUGGCACGGGCAGCUCACGACGCAGGGCGUCGCGCAGUUGACGGACACCGGCCGCGCGAUGCGCCGGUGGCUGGUGGACGAUCUCGCGCUCCUGCCCUCGGACGCCGCGACGGCGGUCAACGAGGGCCGCGUCAAGGUGCGAAGCACGGGAACGAAGCGCACGGUGCAGUCCGCGCAGAGCUUGAUAUCCGGGCUGUACCCGGAGCUCGUCCGCGGCGGCGACGCGAGCGCGACGCCGAUCCCGGUGGAGGUGAGGGAGAGGGAACGCGAGAGCAUGUUUCCGAACCCGGCGAUGCGGUGCGCGAGGCUUCUCGAGCUCAUGAGGAAGCUGGACAAGGACGACAGGGUGAAGGCGGCGGAGGCGGCGGCGUGGGCGAGGGAAGGGCUGCGGGCGACGCGCGACGCCGUGCACGCGAGGAACGUGGAGACGCGACGGAAGAAGAGAGAGGAGGCGAGGAAGAAGGCGCGGGAGAUGAACGGAGGCAUCUAUUCGUCGUCGUCGUCGUCGUCGUCGUCGAAGUUCGGCGGCGGCGCCGGCGAGUCCGCGGCCGCGUCCGUCUCCGAGCGCCCGGAGCGCAAGAAGGACAAGAAGGACGCGCAUCAUCUCAAAGGGACCGACCCCGCGGACGCGCACGUCCCGAAGCACUUGCUCGCGGACCCGAAGCCGCCGUCCGCGACGGCGGUGUGGGAACCGCUGCAGGCGAGGGCGAACCACGGGUUGCCUCUGCCGCCCGGGGUGGGCGCGGAGGACCUCGCGCUCAUCCGCGCGGCGGCGGAGACGAGGCACGUGCACAGGGCCGCGUCGUCCGAGGCGGCGUCGCUGGCGGGAGGGAGGCUGCUCAGGGAGCUCGCGGACGAGGCGCACGCGGUGGUGGAGUUCAUGAGAGCGGAGAGAGGCGACGGCGCCGUCGACGACGCCGUCGUCGGCGGCUUCGCCGUCCCGCGGACGCAGCGCCUCAGCGUGUACAGCGGGCACGACACGUCCAUCAUCGCGCUGCUCGCGGUGCUCGGCGUGUUCCAGGGCGAGUGGCCGCCGGUCGCGAGCACGGUGGUGUUGGAGACGUGGACGAAGGAGGCGCCGGCGAACGGGACGGUGCAUCCGCAUUGGGUCGACCGGGCGGCGGGGGGGGCCGACGACGACGCGGCGGCGGCGGCGGCCUCGGGGUCGUCCUCGGGGUCGUCGAUCGCGCCGGACGACGACGGCGGCGCCGCGGUGAGGGUCAUCGUGAACGGCAGAGCGGUGGAGCUUCCCGGGUGCGUCGGUCAAGACCCGAUGCACCGCGGAGGGUUGUGUUCCUUGGACGCGUUUCGAGCGAUGACGGAGGCGCUCGUGCCGGUCGAUUACGACGGCGCGUGUUCGAGCGCGGGGAAGACGAAGUAA